AUGAACAAACCAUUGUUCCUCCGUAUUGUGCAUCGUCUCUCAACAGAAGUACCAUAUUUUCAAGCAACUGAAGAUGCAGCCGGACGCCGUAGUCUAUCUCCCCUCCAAAAAUGUACGGCAGCAAUUCGUCGACUAGCAUAUGGUGGUGGGGCUGAUACAGUCGACGAAUAUGUACGACUUGGUGAAACAACUGCUCGAAAAUGUUUGCACAAGUUUACUGCCGGAAUAAUCCACUUGUUUGGCGAUCAAUAUCUAAGACUUCCCACACCGGAGGAUCUUGAUCGACUUCUCCGCGAUGGAGAAGAACGUGGAUUUCCAGGGAUGGUUGGAAGCAUCGACUGUAUGCAUUGGGAGUGGAAGAAUUGCCCCACCAGUUGGAGAGGAAUGUAUUCACGAGGAACCGGAAAACCAACGAUGGUGUUGGAGGCGGUAGCUUCACAUGAUCUUUGGAUUUGA